AUGGUCCUGCACCAGACUCUCAAGGUCAAGAGAAGAGAUGAGGUCCAGGGACGAAGGAAGAUCUACUGGACUGUCCUGCUCUGGAGAAGUCUGAGCCACAGUGCAGAGGAGGGCGGAAAAACGGGAGCGUUCAAAGCCUCCCGACCGCAGACGGCCGAGUGCAUUGCUUCUCUGAUGUCUCUGGAGGGGGGUCCUGUCACCAGCAGCCCCCCGCACCCCCACGUCAUAGAUAAGAGGCUGGAAUGGGGCCGGGAUGUUUGGCAUUGUGCGGCGGUCGGCAUCACUACAACUCUAUUAGUGGCUGAGCAUGAAAUUACACGGGCUCCGGAGAAGACGGAGCACAGUAGGACGGAUUAG